UAAGAGUCUGAAAAGGAGAUUUUGUGUAUUUUCCUUUUUUUUUUAGAGCAUUGAAAACUUUGGCUUAUUUCUUUGCUUUCUUAACCAUCACCAUAACAAGUUUUUAACAUGCCCUCUCAAAAGUAUCAUAUUUCGGAUCCUGUUCGACCCGUGUCAUACAAAACCAAAGACUCUGCCACUUUCAUUACAAGUGAAAGUAACAAUGAGAGCUAUGUACCUACACCAUACGAUCCUAUUAAGGCUGGCCCGACCCCUACGUCUGAUCCUAUUGAUGUAGAUUUGAACACAGGUGAACAACAACCAGAGAGAGGUCAGUGGGGGAGCAAGGCUGAGUUCAUCUUGUCAUGUGUAGGGCUGUCAGUAGGUAUUGGAAACGUGUGGAGAUUUCCCUAUUUGGCCUACCAAAAUGGUGGAG